AGGCACCACCUCAACUGUCAUGGUAGACGCCGACGUCCUCGCGGGCGAAGGCGCAGAGGCGUUGAGUCUUGCCGACCGACUUCUAUUGUUGCUGACAAUCUUCCUGUUCCUGUUGCUAAGCGCCGUGUCUGGGCGCGUCCUCUACAGUCAGUAUGCAGCCAAACGCAAGCGUCUCAUCAGUACUACCACCGCCGCUGAGACUCCCGGGACUGCUCCUGCAACCAAAGCACCAUACUCGGCUGUACCCCAAGCACCUCCAGCCCCAGUGAACGUUGUGGGUGGCUCCGAGUCUGCUCUAAUGGAAGAAGAGGGCGCUGCAGCCGCUUCGACUGGCUCCGAGAUGCGCCAUCGACUGUUCCUGCUGCUGUUCGUGGCCUCCACGUUGCGUGUCUGCUCUCUAGUCACUGAAGUGGCUACACUGGAAAAGGUGACAGCAGUACCGUCUACCUCGGUGUACUGCAGACUACUCGCGUUGUUCCUGUGGCUCCCCUCCAUGCUGUUCGUGUCCAUGUAUGGCCUCGUGUUGCUCUUCUGGGCUCAAUUAUGUUACGCCUGUUGGGGCAAAGCCCAUCCAUGGCCCAGAAGACUGUUCUUCCUGUUCAAUGUGCUGUUAUACGUGGGAUUCGCGCUGCUUUUCGCUCUAUCGAGCACGUCUGCAGGACUGUGGAGAGGCUGCGACUUGAUGCAAGGAGGCGUCUACUUCGUGGGCCUCUUUGGCAUUCUCUACUAUAGCAUCCGACUGAUCGAUUUCUUCCGCAAUCAAAGUCCAGACGAAGAUUUCUUCUUCGACUUGUCUUCGCCCAGACAACGGGUUUUACGGAGGAUUACGGCAGUGUGCAUCCUCCUCUGCGUCCUAUUUGCAGUUAAAGCGGUGUAUUUGAUCGGGAUGGGUACAGGGUACAUGGAGUCCGAAGAGUCGCAGUACCGUACCCCAGUUGGUGUACACCACAUCGCCUACGAAUUCACGAUCCACUUCUCGACCGAGUUCGUCCCCAGCGCGCUCUUGCUCUUUUUUACGCGUCAACAGAAGAAAUCGACGCCCCAACGGCAACGUCUUCGCUCGUCGUCCGCCACUUCAGCGUCCGCUUCCUUGUCUGGCGGCAGCUAUGGGGCGAACAAUUCACGCGAUAAACCUCCGACGCCCAAUUACGCCUAUGCCCCGACUCGCGGCAUUGCGGCAAGUAACGCUUAUCAGGAAGACGCUCUCCCGAUGCUUUCCGGUUAUCAGUAUCAGGCUAAUCAGCGCGCGUACGGGUCAGCCAGCUCGACGUCGACUUCGACUGCAAACUUGCGCUCGAGCAACAGCAGCGGGGCUUUCUUGCUUGACAAUAUUAGUGGAAGUGCGUUCGGCAGCGCAGGCCCCAAUACCGGCUCGAACGCAAAAAUGGCAUACCGUUGAUCGCUAGAUAACUUUAGUAACUAUCGGGUAAUAAGUGAAAUCGGUACUACAUAGUAAUAUCUAAUACUGUAGUAUUAAUAGUACACUGCGCG